AUGGGCAGGCGCAAGAUCGAGAUUAAGCCGAGUGCGUGUUUCCUUCCAUUGUUUCCCCUCUCACUCCCCAUUCGACUCCUCAGCUGACAAUGCGUCGCGACUAGUUCGAGACGACCGCAACCGCAGCGUCACCUUCCUCAAGCGCAAAGGCGGCCUCUUCAAGAAGGCCCACGAGCUCUCCGUCCUAUGCUCCGUCGACGUCGCGGUCGUUAUCUUCGGACACAAUAAGAAGCUCUAUGAAUACUCCUCGUCGGACAUCAACGAGAUAAUAGGGAGGUUCCAAUAUGUACGCGACAAGCUUUCAGGGUCCGCAAGCACGGUACAAAUGCUAAUGGUGUACAGUAUGGCGGCGCGCACGAACAUAAGGGUCCUCAGGACUUCGCGGACAAGCACGGAGGCGACGACGAUGACGAGGAUGGAGAGGGAGGAGAAGAUGGCGGAGAUGAGGCGCGUGGAACUCCAGCACCGGACCAUCCCAUGAUGCACCCACAUAUGGCCAAUCAUCCUGGAUUCCAACACGUAAGGCAUGGUACACCUUCGGGCUCACCGCCAAUGCACAAUGGAGCGAUGCCACAAUUCUCGCGAGGCCCAUCUCCCCUGCCGCCGGGCAUGUCUCGCCCGUCUUCGCGGAAUGCACAACACCCUGGGCAGCAGCACAUCCGUAGAACAAGCUCGAAUCUGGUGCCACAGGCUGGGCAGGGAGGCUAUGCGUACUCGCCCAACCCACCAUUCUACAACACUCAAGCCCAAGCUCAAAUGGGUAGACCAGCACAGCAAGGUGCUCCGCAACAAGCGCCUUACCCUCCGUACCCACCGCAGGGCCCUCCUAGCCAUCCCCAGAUACAGCAGCCCUACAUCCAGGACAACCGAAGACCGUCAAUGCCACCGCAAUACCCAGCUGGACCUCCUCCGCAAGCUAACAUGCAGCGAAAUCAAUCACAGGAGCAUCUCCAGCCACCUCAGCCAAGACCGCAUGCUUCGCCUCAACCUGGCCAGCAGCGACCGACUCCCUCUCCGCAACCCCCGCAACAAGCAUUCCAAAGCCCACCUAUGCCGCAGCCCAAGCCUCUUCCCGCUCACGCCAAGAAUACAAGCAUAUUCACGCCAAUCGAUGACAGUCGAUCGAUGCUUGCACAACAUUGGGGAGCAACGAGCCAGGCAGAUGCGCCACGUUCUGAACCGGAGAUCAAGAUUGAAGGAGGAGGACCGCGCUCACAAUCAAUAGACAUUGCUCAAAUGCAGCGAGAAGGUCCCGGAAAGCCUAAUGGGCUGUCUCCAAGACCGUCUGCGAUGCCGCCUCCGAGAUCACCGCAGCCGCCACAGCGAACUGCCAGCACGCCCAAUAUUCCACAGCAACCAGCAAGAUCAAGUACUAAUCAGUCAGAUGCUAAGAGGCCUCGCCUAAAGGUGCAAAUCCCUAGCGAGCAAUCGGGAGACGAAGCUCGGACAGCAGAGUCAGGCCAAGGCGAGGAUACGAGCGCUUCGCAACCAGGCAAUGCACCUGCGAAUCAACAACCUGGCCAGCCUGCACACGGAGUCGUCCUACCUCCCCCUUCACCGAGUGCAGGAGCAUUGUUAUCGGCCGGAGCACAAGGCCCGCCUAACCCAUUCGCGCGCCCAGCACCGCCCAUGAGCACUAACCCGCAUGCUGCCAACCGAGAUGCGGCGAACAAUCACAUCGAAACACCAAUAUCAGCGCUACCGAGUCGCUUCAUGAACGAUAAUCUACUGCCGUCGCCGUCAUCUUUCUAUCCGGAGUGGGGCUUUGGACGAUCUGGCGAUAGCAACAUGCUCCCUUCGCCGCUGAAUUUCCAAACGCCUGUAGCACCCAAUGGCUCCGGAUGGCGGGAAGAAGAGCGCAAGCGAGGUGGUGAAGACCAAGAAGGCGGUGACACGAAGCGGACGAAGACUUAG